CUGGACAGCGAAACGGUUUCCCCAGCUCGAUCUCCUUGCCUUCCUCGCCGGCCACUUACAUAUACGCGCCCUCGAAACUGCCAUUUCCCACCGCACGGAUACUACUCCUCACUACACUCCAUGGCUCGCCACUCACUCAGGACCGACUCGAGAGCUUGUAGCUCGCUGUUGAAGUACUGUCCAAUGUGCCUGCUCAAACAAGAAUCGAGCUGCGAGUCGACGAGCUCCUCCCUGGCAUCCACGUCGCCCUCGUCGGCGCAGCACCUGCGGCAAGUCCCAGCCAAGCGCCCCGCGGGGCGCACCAAGUUCAGGGAGACGCACCACCCAGUCUUCCGCGGCGUGCGCCGCCGCGGCCGCGCGGGGCGGUGGCGGUGGGUGUGCGAGGUCCGCUUGCCGGGGCGGAGCGGGUCCAGCCUCUGGCUCGGCACCUUCCGCGCCGCCGAGGCGGCCGCGCGCACGCACGACGCCGCCAUGCUCGCGCUCCGUGGGCUACGGGCCGCCGCUGCAUGCCUCAACUUCGACGACUCGGCGUGGCUUCUCCCCGUGCCGCCACCGACCGAGCUACGCGGCGCGGGCGACGUCCAGCGCGCCGUCGCGCGGGCCGUGGAGGGCUUCCUCCAGCUGCGGCGGCGAGAGGCUGCUGCGCCGCUCGCCUCCGAGGACGCGAUGUCCGCGACGUCGGAGCCAUCCGCCACCGACGACGACGCGGCCACGGAGACGGAGGCGUCCUCCGCGGCCAUCGCUGCUUGCAUGAGCGACGUCGUCCAAGAGACCUCGCCGUUCGAGCUGGACAUGCUGAGCGACAUGGGCGCGGGCUUGUACUACGCAAGCCUGGCGGAAGGGCUGCUCAUGGAGCCGCCGACGUCAGCGUCGUGCUCCGACGACGGCGACGGUGACGUCGCUGACGUGUCACUCUGGAGCUACUAGAACUGAAGUAGACGCUUGUACAUGACUUUGCUCCUUCCUUUUGGAUUGCUAAUCCUAUUUUCGUACGUUUUCUGCUUUCGGUAAUGUGAAUAUGUAUA